AUGGCGGCUCCGGGCAGGCAGUAUGGGCUUAUUUUGCCAAAGAAAGCCCAGAAGUUGCAUCCUGUUUUGCAAAAACCAUCAGUGUUUGGGAAUGAUUCUGAUGAUGAUGAGACCUCCGUGAGUGAAAGCCUUCAGAGGGAAGCUGCUAAAAAGCAAGCAAUGAAACAGACCAAACUGGAAAUCCAGAAGGCACUUGCAGAAGAUUCUACUGUAUAUGAAUAUGACAGUAUUUAUGAUGAAAUGCAGAAAAAAAAGGAAGAAAAUAAUCCUAAAUUGCUUUUGGGAAAAGACCGAAAGCCCAAAUAUAUUCACAACUUACUAAAAGCAGUUGAAAUCAGAAAAAAGGAACAGGAAAAAAGAAUGGAAAAGAAAAUACAGAGAGAACGAGAAAUGGAAAAGGGAGAAUUUGAUGAUAAAGAGGCAUUUGUGACAUCUGCUUAUAAGAAAAAACUGCAAGAGAGAGCCGAAGAGGAGGAAAGAGAAAAGAGGGCCGCUGCACUCGAAGCACGUUUGGAUGUAACCAAGCAGAAAGAUCUCAGUGGAUUUUAUAGGCAUCUAUUAAAUCAAGCAGUUGGUGAAGAAGAAGCCCCUACGUGCAGCUUUCGUGAAGCUAGGUCUGGAAUAAAGGAAGAGAAACCAAGGGGUUAUUCUGAUGAAGUAACUUCAGAGAACAGAAAACCACCUGAGAAAUGCAUUCUCCAAACUGUUGUUAAAGUAGAGGAAAACCCAGAUGCAGACAGUGACUUUGAUGCUAACAACAGUGAAGAUGAUGAACUGGAAGAAAAUAAUAAAGUGAACUGCAGAAGGGAAAAGAGCAUCGAGACCUCUAAGAAUGACUCCAGGCAUCACAGGAGUCAAACCCACUCACGGUCAUCUAGUGAAGAAAGAGAACAUGGUAUCAAAAGCCACACAAAAAGUUCCAAGUCAAGAGGACAUGAGAAACGGGAAGAUCAGCACCAAGAGAGACAAUUCAGGAACAAGGAGAACUAUUAUACUAACCAUGAUUACCAAAAAGAAAAGAAAGAUUCCCAUAGGCAUAGAGAUUCCCACUGGAAGAGACAUGAACAAGAAGAUAAGCUGAGGGGAAGAGACCAAAGAGAAAGAAAUGACAGAGAAUGGAAAAGGGAGAAAGACAGACAGAAAUAUCCCACAAGAGAACAAGAAAGAGAUAGACAACGAAAUGAUCGUGACCGACACAGUGAAAAAGGAGUAGAAAAGGAAGAGAAAGGCAAAGAAAAGGAAGAACAUACGAAAGCAAGGAAAGAAAAAUAUGAAAACAGAGAUAGAGAAAAACGAGAAAUGAGUGUUCAAUCUUCAGAAAGAAAGCGAGACAGAAAGGAAAACAGCCCGAAUUCUAGGACAAAGGAUAGGUUUCUUGACCAGGAGAGAUCCAAUGAAAUGAGAAACGUGGAAAAGGAUAAAGAAAGUAACCCAGAGGAACUCUCUAGUUCUGAAACACCCCUGGGAGCAAAACACAGAAUCACAGAGGAAUGCCAAGAGGUGGGCAAAGAACAAGAGAGACCACACGAGACUGGGAACAAGUUUGCAAAACGGAACAAUGAAGAAACUGUAAUGUCAGCUAGAGACAGGUACUUGGCCAGGCAAAUGGCACGGGUUAAUGCAAAGACAUAUAUUGAGAAAGAAGAUGAUUGA